UUCCAUUUUUGCAAGUAUGGAAACUAGACAUCAUGUAGAUGCUCUGAUACAGUGCUACAACUAAAAUGACAUAAUGAAUUUUGAUUGGUCGUUUGAUAUUGAUAAUGAAUUUUGAUUGGUUGUCUAAGGGAGCAGGGAAAAUACAAGUAAGGUGUAAAAGUAAUAUAAAGGCUGCCCUGUUGGGAGUCUUUACUAUCAAUCAAUUAUAUACCAUAAAAAAAGAUAAAAAAGGAAAAAAAUUAUAAAAUAUAAGUAUGGAACAAAUCAUUUUAAUCGUGAUGUCUAUGUCUUUGGUUUUCAUUGUGGCAAAUGGUAAACCUCUUCCUAUCGAAAAUAUACAAUGUUUUGAUCCCCAAGCUCCCUGCAAGUGCAACAAAAUAUUAACAGAAGGUUCUAAUAGUUAUGUUCAAUUUACAUGCGACAAAAAGGCGAAUGAUCAGAGUGGCUAUAUUCCCGCUGGAUUUCAGUGCAGCCAGUUAACUAGGGAAGAAUAUCUAAACGAUUUAAAACAAACAAAGAUUUCUAUAAACAUUGGUUGUGAACUCAGAUGCACCGGUAAAUCUUGUAAGGAAACUGAUUUCUUAGUAAGGCAAUAAAAUUCUUGGUGCGACUUGUUGCACAUCUGCAUUUCCAUUAAAAGAAUCAUGUCUUCGAUUGAAUUGUUGAAAGCAGAUAAGAGAAUCCUUUUAACAUCUGGUAAAACUAGUGUACAUUUUUAUAUAUAUCUUUAUAUAUAUUUGAAAUUAUUUAUAUAUUUGCAAAAAUAGAUUUAAGAUACCUCAAAUGUAGAAGUUAAUAUGUAAAUAGUUAUAUUUAUUAUUAUUUAAAUUUUUAUUUUUAAAAUUUUACCUAAACGUGUAUAAAGUUUAUUAAUUAUUUUAUAAUAUAGUUAUUCUUGAAUCUGUAGUUGCGUAUAGCAUGAUAUCUGUACAAUCAUUUCCCGACUGAUGCAAUAACCGUUUGCUACGUCUUGCGGCUUAUUUAAUACAAUACAAUGCAAACAAAUAAAAAUAAAAGAUAGUAGGGGUGGGUUUAGAGGUGGUGCAGUGAUGCAUUUGCACCAGUUAAACUUUUACCAAAGAAUUAGGGUGUAUCUCCACGACCGUUUACUUAAAAUAUAAAAAGUGUAUUUUAUCAUAUAUCCACGAAAAUAAAGCGCGUGGCGUGUUCUUACUCCUUUCUCUGGAUCAACCUCCGGCAGUAACACGCAACAUUCACAGCGAUUGCGCGAGCGUCUUGGUCUUUAUUUUGACCCGCCAGAAGUAAUAUAUAACAUCGAUAUUAGCUUUACCUUUUACACUACUUAAACUGCUUCAAAUCGCACAGGAC